AUGGGAGUUAGUCUUUUGUCGAUCGUCUUGGCGGGACAAAUUUUGCUGGCUGCCUCUGAUUAUUCUGCGUUGGAUGCAGGGCUAGUUUACGGCAGAUUUUUCGAGACGACUUCACUCAUUAACCGGAACCAUUGGGACCUUGAUGCGAGUGCGUCUCAGGGUGGGCACAACGAAUUUCAGAUCUACUCCCCAGAAAGUCACAACUGCUACACCCACAACGGACAUAUGUACUUAAAACCCACAUUAACGUCGGACAAGUUUGGACUGGAUUUUCUAUUUCACGGCACACUGGAUGUAAAAAAGCAGUGGGGCUACUGUAAUCCAACGUGGAACAAUGUUUCCUUCAAGUAUGGGAAACUGGAGAUCAUGGCCAAGAUGCCCAAAGGCGAUUGGUUGUGGCCAGCUUUGUGGCUGAUGCCGAAACACGGUCAUUACGGAGGAUGGCCGAGAUCGGGGGAGAUUGAUGUCGCCGAGCUCCUGGGAAACACGAACUAUGGCAGUCUGGGCAUACAAAGAACCACCGCCUCUCUACACUUUGGUAACGAUCGAAGUCACGACAAACACUUAAUAAAUCAGCACUGGCUACAUGGCUCAACGUAUGGUGACGGCUUUCAUAAAUACACGUUAGACUGGUCGCCUUCGCAUAUCAACAUUUACAUCGACAACACUCUGAUACUGGGUACACCAAUGCCCGGGGACGGCCUCCAUCACCACUACGGGCUCGCCGGAAACAACAUAUGGGGGUCCUCCCAUAAUGCACCUUUUGACCAAGAUUUCUACAUCAUUAUGAAUGUAGCCGUAGGAGGCACCGGCGGGAUAUUCCCGGACAGUGUGAGAAACUACCCUCAUCCCAAACCCUGGAGCAACCACCAGAGCUCCGGCGUAGCCAUGCAGAACUUCUGGAACCACAAGAAUGACUGGCUCUCCACCUGGCAUGGUGAAGAUGCCGCCAUGAAAGUCGACUCCGUGACCAUAUGGACAUACUAACGGACCCUACGAUCAAUGGAGUGAAAUGUACAUGACAUGAUUACACGACAUACAUGUUUUGUACUAAGGUAUUGAAUGAUGAACUCUCAAACAAUAUGAGUCAAAUCAGAUGACAAUAGAGUGAUGUAUUUGUGAUUUCGCAAACUAACCUAUAUGAUUUAAUAUGUUCACUUCACGCUAACCACAGAGACUGCCGAUUGGGAUUGAGCAAGGAAUGUCAGUUUCAACUCGCCUUCUUUACACACAAAAAGAAAAAUAAAGAUCGAUAAGAGGCCCCAGAGUUAAGAAUAUCACCUCAAACAAAAAAAAAACAUCGUCCUCCAACAGAGUUGCCUGUUGUAACCAUGAAAGCCUUGGUUUUUACAUCGUAGUGUACAAUUUUUCAGUCAUGUAACGGUGAGGGGGCAUUAGUGCAGGACAAAUCCAUGCCGC